AUGGAAGGGCAACAGACUCCAGCUCAACCUGAACGUCACGUCUUUUUAAGAGAGGGGACUGUCAUCUUGCGUUGGUUAUUCGGAUACUACGAUAAGCGAGGCUUACAGGGCUGGACCACAAGCCCACACUGGCCCCACACAUUAUCCACCUGGGUGCCGCAAAAGCCAAAAACGCGAUUUAGAGAGGCGACCCUUGUAAGCAUGGACGUCGACGAGCUCAAGGAGAGCGAAGGAAUUCCCGUACAAUUCCACAUUGGCAUCUCAGUCCUGCGCACCCAGGAUCUGCACGACAAAUGCCACUCGCCUUUAUCACACGCAGAUUCUAAGUCAUACAUUAUCCGAUCCUACCACUGGGUUGUCGAAGAUGAGAAUUAUUUUUCAACCCAUGACAAUACUUUUUGCUUCGGGAAACAUCGCUGUCUUCCACUUGCUGACUUGGACAAGCGCUUAAAAAAGCUUCUUGCACGAUGCUUUCCAGUCAUUCUCGUCGUUCACGGAGGCCAUCGUGAAAUAACCCUCUUACAAAAACUUAAUAUCAAUCUCAACCCCAUUUUCACGAUUGACACGACAAAAGCUGCUCGCUACCCACUCCAGGCUUUCUACGACUUUUCGCUAAAAAGGCUUCUGAAAGAGUUUAAUAUUCCCUUUACUGGCGAACAUCUUCACAUUGCAGGCAACGACGCACACUUUACACUCAGGGUUUUGCUCAUGAUUGCAGUGACCGACGUACGACGGGAGUUGGGGUCAAAAGAGGUUCCGGCAUGGGUGCCCGUGUUCGAAGCAAUUGCCCGGGCCCCAUUGCCCCCGAUGCCACUCAAGCGUGCACAAAAGGCAGCCAGGAAACGAAGAGAGGAGAGGGCUGCUCUUGGACUUGGGGGGCCUAACGUUGUGACAAGGUCUCAAAGCCGGCUUGCAGACGCAACGCAUCUAUAA